AUGCCGGCACCCGAUCGUGACCAUCCGUCCCCGGACUCGCAUCCCUCCAAACGCCCCCGCCAAUCAUCGCCCGAUAAGGAGUCACCGGCCUCGCUGCCCUCUGCGGGGGCGACUUCCCCGGCGGGCGACCGCGUUCACGACGGGCUGCUGGGCCAUGGUGGUGGUGGUGGCGGCGGCGGCGCUGCUGCUGGAAUCAACAGUGGAGGUGGAAGCAAGAUCGGGCAGAGUAGCAGCUUUCGCAAUGUCAGCGCCUGCAACCGUUGCCGCCUGCGCAAGAACCGCUGCGACCAGAAGCUACCGAGCUGCGCGAGCUGCGAGAAGGCUAACGUGCCCUGUGUAGGGUAUGACCCCAUCUCCAAGAGAGAGCUGCCGCGGAGCUACACCUUCUACUUGGAAAAGCGAGUCGAGCAGCUCGAGGCCCUCCUGGCCGCCAACGACAUCGCCUUCCCGCCCGCCGAGGACCUGGACUAUUGCUCCAAGGUGCGCGCCGAGUCGAACAGCAUCCGGUCGCCUACCGAAGCUGGGCAGUCUUCCUAUUCGGAGUGUACGGAUGCCGCAAGUAGCGGCAGACCGGAAAGCAAUGGUGACGGGCUCGGAGGCAGGCCGCAGAGGCUUGCCUCGAAACCGGGCUCGUCGGCCGGUCCCGCCGUGACCAGCAAUCGCUAUCUCGGGUCGACAGCCGGCAUAUCCUUUGCUCGAGUCGUGUUUGCCGCCGUGCAGUCAUCGGUCUCAGACCAGAAGUCAAACUCGGACAAGGGGGGCGUGCGGCCAUCCGGACCUGCCCCUGGCGGCAACGGCGCCACAGAACCGGGCCAGACCACCUCGAUGCGCGAUUCCUUCUUUGGCCUACACGCCAAGCCUACCUUGCAUCCGGCGCCGUUCCCAGACAAGGAGCUCGGCUUGAGGCUGAUCAGUCUGUACUUUGAGCACGCUAACCCGCAGAUUCCCGUCCUGCAUAAGGGCGAGUUUAUGGAAAUGUUCGAACGCACAUAUGCCGGGGACGGCCGGAGACGGGGCCCGCGGGAGCUGUACGUGCUGAACAUGGUUUUCGCGAUAGGCGCCGGGGUCAUAGUGGGCGACUCCAAAGGACACGUUCCCCCAGCCGGCCUGGAGGACUCCUCGAGUUCGAGGCAGUGCCGCCCCGAGGAGUACCAUGCAAGUGCCAUGAUCCACCUUGAGGCAUGCAUUGGAAGCGGCGCUGGUCUAGAAGACUUGCAGGCGGUGCUGCUGCUGGCCAACUUUGCACUGCUGAGACCCGUGCCCCCUGGCCUUUGGUACAUCAUCGGCGAGGCGGUUAGGCGAGCAGUCGAUCUGGGGCUGCACUAUGAGGACGGCAAGGACCUUGAGGCUGGCUUCGUCGACGCCUCAAACUCACGAAGAGACAGCGUGGCGAAAGAGAAAGGGAGACGAGAGUAUGUACGUGAUAUGAGGCGGCGCCUCUGGUGGUGCACGUACUCGCUUGACCGCCUGGUCAGCCUCUGCGUUGGUCGGCCCUUUGGCAUCCCUGACCACGUAAUCACGACCGAGUUCCCUUCGCUGCUGGAAGACCGCUACAUCACCGCCGGCGGUUUGAUCCAGCCGCCCCCGGAGAUGCUACGGCCCACCUACAAGCUGGUUGCCCACCACUACUUUCGACUCCGGCUUCUGCAAUCCGAGAUCCUGCAGGUCUUGCAGUUCCGGCAAGCCCAGAGUGCCCGUGCCAGCGGGCAGAAUUCCCAAAAUCCCUACAUGCACACAGACCUGCCAUCGCCGUUUCUGGCAAAGUUUGACUCGUUCCGGUCAUGGCGGAUCGAUAUCGACAGGCGUCUAUGGGAAUGGAAGAACUCGGCGCCAAUGAAGGAAGACACAGGCGUGGCCUUCUCGAUCGACUUCUUUGGUCUCAACUAUUGGCAGACGAUUAUCGUGUUGUACAGGCAGAGCCUCAGCGUUCCGACAGUCUUUGAGGGCGAGUAUGACACGGCCAAGGAAGUGGACAGCCCUGCCGUCUACAAUGCAGAGCUUCGCGAGGACGAAGACCGCGUGUACCUUAAGGUUGCCGAGGCGGGCCAGAAGAUCAUGCGGCUGUAUCGUCAGUUGCAUCUGCUUGGCGUAGUCAACUACACGUAUUUGACGACGCACCAUCUGUUUGUGGCAGGCAUAUCGUAUCUCUACGCCAUCUGGCAUUCUCCUAUUGUCAGGAGCCGAUUGACUAUGGACGAGGUGGAUUUCACCAUUCUUGCGGCGACGUCCGUCUUCACAGAUUUCAUGGACAAAUGCCCCCCUGCCGAAGCGUGCCGAGACGCAUUCAACCGGACAGUUAAGGCGACCCUCAAAAUGGUCAAUCAAACUGGCGGUUUCGGUCAACAAUACCAGCCCACGCCGGCCAGCGCAGCCUCUAGCUCGAGAAACAACCUCGACCACAGACGAUUCGACUGGAGUACCAGGAGCGGUGUCACAUCGCUGUCGAGCAAGCCUCCGUACAAGAGGCAUCGCCAACACCCUUCAUCAGCGGGCCAAACUUCAGCCGCCACAUCAGACGUGUAUUCCACCGCCCCUUGGCUCGCAUCUGCCUUCCCCAAAGGCGCGUCAUACCGGAUCCACGGCAACCCCACGGUCAAGACAGAAGCAGAUGGCUUCCCCCUCAUGCGCAACACUCCCGUCCCACCACGCAGCGACGCCAGUUCCACCGACGAUAUAAAAAAGCCCGUCACCCCAGAAGCGACCGCGCCCAUCGAUCAACCAAUGCUGCGGUCCCCGUCGGCACUGCAGCAGCAAAAACAACAACAACUGCACCACCGCCAACAACACCCCACCUCGCUCAGCUCACCCAUCGGCGAGAUGAUGAGCCAACCCCUUGCAACCGGCGCAGCAGCGGGUGGCUUCCUCUCGCCUCGGCAUCAACAACAACAACCACAACAACCACCACCAUCACGACAGCAGCAGCAAUUCAGCCCGGGAACAAUCCAGGCGUUUAACGACAUGCAAGGCCUGGACUUUCUCCAGAACGUGCAGAUGGAUAUACCCGGGUUCAACGUCGGGUACGAAGGCGGCGGGUCGAGACACGAUUUGCUCGGGGAUGGGCAGCACCUGCAACUGGGACUGUUUGAUGACUUUUUCUUUGGAGGAGGGGUGCAGGCUGCGACGCAGACGCAGACGCAUUCGCCGACGACGACGCAAACGCAACAGGGCCAGCAGGGGCAGGGGCAGUAAGGGGGCGAGGGCACCGGAUUAGGGAUCUGAGAUUGAUGUGAUCUGGAUUGCUGGGUUGGUGUUUUUCCGGAACUUGGAGGCUUGGUUUGAGCUGGGUGUUGAGGGUGUCUCUUGUUUCCCCCGCUGUGUGGUUAUGUGGUGUUAUGUGGUGUGUGAUGUGUAAAACAGCGGUCACU